UGAUAUGACUAAACGAUGGAGUCAGACGUACUUCUAUUUCUCAAGUCGUUCUCACGUCGUGUAUCGACCUCACAGUAUAAGCUUUCUCUGGGCCGGCAAAUACAAAAAAAAGAAAACAUGCUGCGGAAAUACCUAGAAUUGUGGUAUAGACCAAAAGACAGACAACUGGCUAUCCGUAGAAGGGAAAAACUUGCGACAUUAUAUGCUUUUGUCACAUGGAAUUGUUUUGGCAUUUUAUUCUACGUGCUGCUGAAGGAUAAGAUACCUAUCGAGCCUGAAGAACGAAGACGAGCGCUUUUUGAUUUAACUGGUUCACCCGGUAAAUUGCAUGUGUACCAGUUCCAGGGUACCAGUCUUACAAAUCAGUUUGACAUGGAAAAGGAGACAUUCCAAGAGUUAGAAGAGGUCGAGCAAUAAAUAUCUACAAACGCAUACAAACGAUACGCGUCGGAGAUGUUGAAUCGUUUGUUGCACGACACUUCCAAGAGGAAUCUUGUCGUCAGUCUCGAGAAAAAAAUCU